AUGGGGCGCGCAGAUGGUCUGAAGGAUGCGUCUUGUCAGUUCACUCUUGAUGGGAAGCCUUUUCGGAUCUUGGGGGGAUCGAUUCACUACUUCCGAGUGCCCAGGGAGUACUGGCACGACAGAGUACUGAAGAUGAAAGCAUGUGGCAUCAAUACUCUGACCACAUAUGUCCCAUGGAAUCUGCAUGAACCUGAGAGGGGCACGUGGAACUUUGAAGGUCAGCUGGAUCUUAGGGCCUAUGUAAAUUUAGCUGCAGAAGUAGGUCUCUGGGUGAUCCUGCGCCCUGGUCCGUAUAUUUGCGCUGAGUGGGAUUUAGGUGGACUGCCAAGCUGGCUGUUAUGUGACAAAAACAUGCAGUUACGCACAUCUUACCCUGGUUUUAUGGAGGCUGUUAACCAAUACUUCGACAAGCUUAUGACUGUUAUUAAACCUUUGCUGUAUAAAGAAGGAGGUCCAGUUAUUGCUCUUCAAAUUGAGAAUGAGUAUGGAUCAUAUGCCAAAGAUAAGGACUACAUGAAGCUUAUAAAACAGUGUUUUCUGAGCAGAGGUCUCGAUGAGUUAUUAAUGACUUCAGACAACUGGGAAGGCUUGAGAUGCGGAGGGACAGACGGAGUUUUGAGAGCCGUAAAUCUCCAAAGACUCUCGUUUGGAGCGAUACAACACUUGGCCGACAUGCAGCCGCAGAAACCAGUGAUGGUGAUGGAAUAUUGGUCCGGCUGGUUUGACGUUUGGGGAGAGCAUCAUCACGUUUUCCACUAUGAAGACAUGCUUAAUGUGGUGUCAGAGAUCUUGGAAAGAGGCAUCUCCAUAAACUUCUACAUGUUUCACGGAGGAACCAGCUUUGGAUUCAUGAACGGGGCCAUGGACCUCGGGACUUACAAACCACAAGUCACCAGCUACGACUAUGACGCCCCGUUGUCUGAGGCUGGGGACUGCACUGAAAAGUAUCACGCCUUGAGAAACCUGUUCAGCCAAUAUCACUCUGAGCCUCUUCCAGAUGUUCCAGUUUCUCAGCAGAGGAGCGAGUACAGCCCUGUUAUUGUUGAGGAGCACCUGUCACUGUGGGAUAUUCUACACCUCACAGAAUCUUGCAGGUCUGAGUUGCCACUGAACAUGGAGAAUCUUCCUGUGAAUAAUAAUAACGGUCAGUCUUAUGGUUACACUUUGUAUGAGACGAGUGUAACAUGUGGAGGGACGAUUCACGGUCAAAACAUCAGGGACAGAGCUUUGGUGUUUGUUAACAGACAGUUUGCUGGAACGUUGGACCCAAGAAAUCAUGAGGUGGUUCUUUCAGAUGGACAGGGAGAGAGACGUCUGAGUUUACUUGUGGAAAACUGUGGCCGUGUGAAUUAUGGGAAAGCUCUGGACGAACAGCGCAAAGGCAUUGUGGGAGAUAUUUUCCUAAAUCAGAUUCCUCUGAGAGGCUUCACAAUCUUCAGCUUGGAAAUGAAGCUAGAUUUUUUGAAUAGGUUGCUGAUAUCAGACAGAUGGAAACACGGCUACAGCUGCACUUUUAUGCCUGGGUUUUUCAGAGCAAGUCUUUAUGUCGAUGGUCCACCAAGAGACACUUUUAUCAAACUGCCUGGCUGGGCUAAAGGAACUGUAUUUGUUAAUAGUCACAAUCUCGGACGUCAUUGGUCGAUUGGGCCUCAGCACUGUCUUUACUGCCCUGGACCUUGGCUCAACAAAGGAGAGAAUCAGAUCAUUGUUUUUGAAGAACAGAAAACGGAUGGCAGGAUUGUUUUUGCUAAAGAUCCAGAGUAUGGAAAAACUAUUGAUGUGUACAAACUCCCUUUUUGUAGUUUAUUGUAAAAAUGCAUCUUCAUAAACUUCUCACGUAGAAUCUAAUCACACACAAAUCAAGG